ACAUAUAUAGCUAGGCCUUCUUAUUGAGAACUGCAGAAGAUCAGAUCCCCUCAGCGUAGCUCACAAUUAAUCAUCAAACUCUCCGAAAUGGGUAGAGCACCUUGUUGUGAGAAAGAAGGAUUGAAUAGAGGAAGGUGGACCAAAGAAGAAGAUGAGAGGCUCAUCAACUAUAUCCAACAAAAUGGAGAAGGCUCUUGGAGAUCACUUCCCAAGAAUGCUGGUUUACAGAGGUGUGGUAAGAGUUGCAGAUUGAGAUGGAUCAAUUAUCUCAGAUCGGACUUGAAAAGGGGGAAUUUCACUACUGAUGAAGAAGAGAUCAUAGUGAAAUUACAUACAUCUCUGGGCAAUAGGUGGUCAUUGAUAGCAAGUCAAUUGCCGGGACGAACAGAUAACGAAAUAAAAAAUUACUGGAACUCUCAUCUCAGCCGCAAAAUUUACAGUUUCCGGCGGAGCAUCAACAACGCCCCCAUGGCGGCGGUGCAAGUGGCCGAGGAUGUGGCCGCCGCACGGCGGAGAAGAGGAGGGCGUGUAAGCCGAUCCGUCGCCAAAAAGUACAACACCACAUCCUUCCACGUCGCCACCGCGUCUUUUAGAAAUAAACACAAAAAGCCCCCCGCCGCCGGCAGUCCCGGAUCCACUUCGGCGGUCCAUAACAGCGACGGCGGGACUUCGCAGGGCUCCGCCGGCAACGAUGGGAAAGCGUUCGCAGCAAAAGGACUACGCGCUGAAAAUGAUCGACAACUUGCCUGCCAAGUGUUCGACGAAAUGACUCGUGAAGACGAUGCAAGUGGGGCUUCAUUAUUAGCAAUAAAUGGUGGGAGUGGUCCGGAGAGUGAAGGCUACAGCGACGGCCAGACUGCAGCAACCGCAACCGUGGAACUGUACACCUAUCAGUUGCCGGCUCCCGGCGGCGACUCCAUCUUCGACGACGACGAUUGGGUGAACUGGAGUUUGGAUGAUGAUGCAUUUCGAGGAUAUGAUGAGUUCUGGGAUGAUUUAGAUGACAUAUUCGUGUGGCCCUGGGAUCAUAAUACUAAUAAUACAGCUACAGAUGAUUCAUGAAUUGAAAUACUACUAGCAACCGGCAUGCUUGGGAAGAUGAUUGUGUUUGGUAAUUGUAUAUUAAUUAAGCCAUAAUUAUGUUUUAGACCCAUAAUUACUUUAGUUUAACUAUUAGGAACUUGUACUAAUUUUAGCAUAAAUAUCAUAUCCUUCAUUUACCAGGUAAAUGCCGGGAUUCAUUA